CGGACGUCAAUAUUGAUACAGAAGAGACUGAAAUAGAGAAGUAGAGAGAGACACAGAAGAGAGAUAGGAGGAAGAGUAGUUGUUUGUUUUGCUUGUUUUGUUUUUUUUAGGGUGGGCGGAGCGACACGCAGCCUUUGCGUAACAACGUGCACUUCCGAUGUCUUUCAGCUGACUGGUUGCUUUUUAUUUUAUUUUGUCUAGUUAUACAAAAAAAUAAACUGAAUCCCAUCGCAGAUUAAUACAUUAAUAGCCAUGGUGAAAGAGACUAAAGCCAAAACUUUCCAAGCGUACCUCGACUCCUGUCACCGCCGUUACAGCUGUGUUCAUUGCCGCGCUCACCUAGCCAACCAUGACGAGCUUAUCUCCAAGUCUUUUCAAGGAAGCCAGGGCCGUGCCUAUCUGUUCAACUCGGUGGUGAAUGUGGGCUGCGGUCCGGCUCAGGAAAGGCUGCUGCUGACUGGACUUCAUGCUGUUGCUGACAUUUACUGUGAGAACUGUCACACCACCUUGGGCUGGAAAUAUGAGCAAGCAUUCGAGUUGAGUCAGAAGUAUAAAGAGGGAAAGUACAUCAUUGAACUUUCCCACAUGAUUAAGGACAAUGGCUGGGACUGAAGCUUUCAGGGCCUUCAAUCAGCAUGAUACACUUUAAAUUCACCAUUUCUGCAUUAUUAUAAUCAUCUUCGAGCACUUUUUUUUUUUUUUUUUUUUUUUUCCACCCAUUCUUGAGAACCCAGUUUGAGUUUUACAUUUAAAUGUGUGGUUAAAAUCAAAUUAAAUUAUACUCCAAUGUAUUAAUCACAAAAAAAAAAAACUUGGGAGCUAAUUUUGAUCUCCAAAAAUGGAUGGAAAUGGAAAAUGUUUAUUUUGAGUAAUUCACAAGGCUGGGAAAAAUAGACCUUUUAUUGAAAGGUUUGGUGAAUUUCUUUCUUCUUUUCGUUUGUUUUAGGUUCAGGUUUAAAAGCACGAGGUAGCAGAUUUUCCUUUUCUUCUUUUUUUGUAUACACGUUUUACUAUGUUAUUUCAUGGUAUCUACCAUGUGAGGUAUCAUUUUUAUUUGAGUGUGAAGACUGAAGGCAAUGUGCAAUGUUUGUGUGUAUGGGUGAAAACAUUUUGUUAAAGUGUUUGUGUUGUUUUCUUUUAAAUGUUUAAAGGCAUAAAGAACAUCCAGCUUCGUUUAAUGGGUUGUAGCAUGUAGGCUGGUGUACGUCGUCUCCUUAGAAAGAUCAGUUACAACUUAAUUUACGAUGUAAUUGUUACGUUUUGCUUAAGGGAAUGUGAUCUUUGUUAGACCCAGUGUUUGUAAAUGGUAAAUCCUUUAGGUUUAUUUUUUAUCAGUCAGUGUGUAUUAAAUUGUGGUGAAUGAAUGUUGACUUGUGUAUGUAAAUACAAAAUAUAUAAAUAAAAAUAAGAAUUGUUA